AUGGUGGGUCCACGAAAAGAUUGUCUGUUCCGGAAUUCGGCGAAGAGUGGAAAUAUGGUCGAUACAACCUCAACCGGGUAUAAAACCAGUCAGAUGGUGCGCCAUCUGGAAACUGGUUCUUCGUUGGAUGUAAGUAAAGAACUAGCUGAGUGCAGAGAGUCCCGUGAGAAGUAUCUGGACCUGUCAUGCAAAGGCCUGUUUCAAAUUCCCGGUGGUGCACUAAAAGAGUUUCACUCUAUCAGUGAUCUUUUCCUCUAUGAAAACAAGUUGUCCAGUUUACCAUCCAGUAUUGGACACCUGACAAAUCUGCGUCGAUUAUUGCUGCAACAGAAUCAAUUGACGGCUCGAGGUAUACCCGAAGAAUUUGCCAAAUUGCAAAAUCUGGAGCAAUUGGAUUUACGAAAAAAUCGAUUGGAAGGAGAUCUUCCAGAACCCAUUUGGAAUUUACAAAACUUGGACCAGUUGUUACUGUCAGUCAAUAAGCUGACCAGUAUAGAAGGCAUAAAAAAUCUUCGAAAUCUCACUGUCCUUAUGAUCAAAUGGAACUCCAUUCUGAACGGUAUCCCUCCCUCGAUUGGUGGCCUUACCAAACUAGUCGCUCUCGAUCUGUCCUGUAACAAGAUCACAUCCCUUCCAGAGAGCAUCGGUAAUUGUACUUCCCUCCGAGAUUUAUAUCUGCAACACAAUAAACUGACCAGGCUCCCGGACAGUAUCGGAAACUUAGUCAAUUUAUGUCGGUUAGCUCUGAAGUACAAUCAACUAACUGAAGUCCCAGCCAGCUUGGCGAACUGUACACGUUUGACGGAGUUCAAUGUGGAAAAUAAUCAGCUCACCACCCUUCCGUCCCUCAACCUCGAGCACAAUCGUAUCGUGCACAUUCCGCCAUCCAUAUUCUCUCGAGCACCAAAAUUGACCCGAUUAAACCUCAACGACAAUGCGGUGGCCAGUCUGGUACCCAGUGAUCUUCACCAAUGGAAAGCCAUAGUUGAACUCGAUUUAGGCACAAACCAACUGACCGCUCUGCCCCCAGAAAUCCGUCAUUUGGAAAAUUUGGAAGUCCUCGGUCUGAAUUUGAACCAACUCCGAGUAAGUGAUUACUCUCACCGUCUCAUUUUCCUUUUUGUUACGUAA